GCUCGGCGCCUUCUCUCUCCCGGUGGCAGCAAUGACCACUGAGAGAGCAGGCCGUCGGAGUAUCUAGGCAGAUCGGGGCUAUUCCAGCCAUUCAGAAAAAAGAAAAUAAAGCAACGCGCAAACCCGCCGGGCCAGGACCGUGGGGCUGGGCUGGAGCGAAGGUGGCUACGAGCCCUCAUGCCAGGAUGGCAGAAGAUGAACCUGAUGCUAAGAGCCCAAAGACAGCGGGAAGGGCCCCCUCCAGUAGUGCUGAGGCAGGGGAACCCACCACCCUUCUUCAGAGGCUCCGAGGUACCAUUUCUAAGGCCGUGCAGAACAAAGUAGAGGGAAUUUUGCAAGAUGUACAGAAAUUCUCAGACAAUGACAAGCUGUAUCUCUACCUUCAGCUCCCCUCAGGGCCCAGUACUGGAGACAAAAGCUCAGAGCCAAGUACACUCAGCAAUGAGGAGUACAUGUAUGCCUACAGGUGGAUCCGCAACCACCUAGAAGAGCAUACUGACACCUGUCUGCCAAAGCAAAGUGUUUAUGAUGCCUAUCGGAAAUAUUGUGAGAGCCUUGCUUGUUGCCGCCCACUCAGCACAGCCAACUUUGGCAAAAUCAUCAGAGAGAUCUUCCCUGACAUCAAGGCCCGAAGGCUUGGUGGCCGGGGGCAGUCCAAAUACUGCUACAGUGGCAUACGAAGAAAGACCUUGGUGUCUAUGCCACCCUUGCCUGGCCUUGACUUAAAGGGCUCUGAGAGUCCAGAAAUGGGCCCAGAAGUAACCCCAGCACCUCGGGAUGAACUGGUUGAGGCAGCCUGUGCCCUGACCUGUGACUGGGCUGAGCGAAUUCUGAAACGGUCCUUCAGUUCCAUCGUUGAGGUCGCCCGCUUCCUGCUACAGCAUCAUCUCAUCUCUGCCCGAUCUCCACAUGCCCAUGUGCUCAAAGCCAUGGGGCUUGCUGAAGAGGACGAACAUGCCCCUCGGGAACGGUCAUCUAAAUCUAAGAAUGGUGCAGAGAACCUAGAGGGUGGAGCCCAUAAGAAACCAGAGAGGUCGACCCAGCCUCCACAGGAGCUGGAUCCCCGAGCUGGGGCUGGUCCUCCAGCACGCAGCGAGCGGAAGAAGAACAUAGUAGAGAGUCCAGCCCCAGCAGCCAAUAACCCUCAGGUUAAUGCCCUGGUGGCCCGGCUGCCUCUGCUCCUCCCCCGGGCCCCUCGCUCACUUAUUCCGCAAAUCUCCGUCUCUCCAACCAUCGUGGCCCCCAAGCUUCCUUCAGGCACCCUGAAAUUGACUGCGCUGCCUGUGUCCAGUAGGAUUAGGGGAUCCCAGGCAGCUGUGCCCAUCAUUAAUAUGAUCUUACCAACUGUCCCGGCUUUGCCUGGACCUGGACCUGGGCAGGCUCCCCCUGGGGGGCUCACUCAGCCACAGGGCACAGAAAGCAGGGAGGUAGGCAUAGGUGGUGACCCAGGACCUCAUGACAAGGGUGUCAAGAGGACAGCCGAAGUACCUAUGAGUGAAGCCAGUGGGCAGGACCCACCAGCUAAAGCAGCAAAGCAGGAUAUAGAGGAUACAGGAAGUGAUGCCAAAAGGAAACGGGGGCGCCCUCGAAAAAAAUCAGGUGGAAAUAGGGAAAGGAUUUCUCCCCCUGACAAGUCAGCAGCUGCCAUGGACUCUGCCCAGUCCUCAAGGUUAGCCCGGGAGACAUGGGCCUCUGGAGGGGAAGGCAACUCAGCUGGAGGGUCAGAGGGGCCAGGGCCAAUGGGAAAGGCGGAGAAGGGGAUGGUGCUUGCCCAAAGUCAGGAAGAGGGUGCUGCUUCCAAAGGAGGAAGGGGCCCCAGUUCCCGCCAUGCCAAAGGAGAAAAAUUUCCUCUUGUCACCCCAAAAGUGAGUGUCAUCAGGGGCAGUAGAAGCCAAAAGGAGGCUCUUCAUUUGGAAAAGGGAGAGGUAGACACUGCAGCACAGGGUAAUAAAGAUUUGAAGGGGCAUACACUUCAAAGUUCUUCAUCCCAUGAGCAGAAAGAACCCAAAGCAAUACCCCAAUGAUAGGUAUGUGGAGAAGAGUGCUUAUAUCCAGAUGUAUAUUCACCUCCAACUAACUCUUGCCUGCCUGCCUCAUAGAAGCCCCUCACCUCACUCGCUUUUCCUCUGGCUCUUGUUUUCCAAAGGGAAUUCAUGCUCUUUUGUAUAGACAGCCAUAGACAGCCGAGGCAUCCUGUCUUAGACAGUACCUGCUUCCUACCUGUGACCUUUUCAGCUCAAUACCCUUGGCUUCAGAGACACUAAUCUGUAGUGACCUUACCUGGAUCCCUGUGCUAUCCUGUGGGAAGACAGGAAUGUAAUGGUAUGAUAAAGUUACAGGUUAGGAAUCUCUUGGUCUUAAGUCAUAGUAAAUCUAACUCUUAACUGACUUAAAAAUAAAAAUUUACUGGCCCGUGUCCUUGUAAAGUCCAGAGGUAGUGCUGGCUCCAGGUAAAGCUGAUCCGGUGGCUCUGUAUGCCUCCAUAUACCCGACUGACUUCCCCUAUGCCUUCCCUCCUCUGCUGUUCUACCUUCUGUAAGAUCUUCGGAACCCUGGGCUGCCUUGACUCCGCCAGCACUCCUAGAAUUACAAUGUUUCCUCAUUUAAGUCCAACCAGAAACAGAGGGCAUCUUUGUCGCCAGGACUCCUAGCAAAAACCCUGUGAUUCACUCUGAUUAAGACAGCUUGUGUCACAUGUCCACCCCUAACCAAUCCUUGUGGCCAGCAGGGAUGGUGUAUGCUAAUUUGCUUAUUCUACAUCAGGGAAUACACCUGUGGAAUAAAGGGUGGGAGUAUCCUUACAGACUGGGAGUUCUGGGGAGGCAGCUGGCACCUGGCCACUACUAUGAAGUACAUGUGGUUUUUGGUUGAGAUCAGCCGUACCUGUCUUUUUCCUCAUAGUCUUGCAUUUUUCUUAGUGCAGCUGUAACUCUUGUUACUCUGGUCUCAGAAGGAAUGAGAGGGAAGUCACUAUCUUUUAUGGACUAUCUCCUUAGUCUCGUUUAGAUGACAAUCCCACCCCACCCCCUUUUUUCCACCUAUGGCUCAGAGAUGGAGGUCCUUCCUUUUCCUAUUUCUGAACUUGACUUUCUCCUCAUUUCUGCUUCCCUGUCUCCCACCUUACUGCCACUUUUACUAAACAGUUAAGAUUUACUCCUAGUCAUUUUAUUAAAUUCUUUCUGUAUCCACCAGGUGUCAGUCUCUUACACAUCAGGACAAGCCAGGAUUGUGGGGUUUAGGGUAGCUGUAUGGAACGAGGUGGCGCUGCAUAGCAGAGAGUACCAAUAGGAAGGGAAUCCAGACCCUCCAGGUGGAUCUUUGGGAAAAGAAGUAAACCAACCAAUAUUUAUCGAGGACCUACUUUGUCUUCUAUGUAGGGUAGUUUUCUGUCAGGGAAUCUUGGUUCUUCCCAAGAAAUACAGAUUUUCUUUCAGGGAGACAUUUAUUUCCACCAUGGCAGAUUUUUAAAAAUUAUAAUGUGUAAUAUUUGAUAUCUAUAAAGAAUAUAUUUAACAUGAAUAAAUUAUGAAGCAUAAUAAUUAAAUGACUACCUAUGACCCAUCGCCCAACUUAUACAUUAAAACAUUAGAAAUAUCAUUGACUUUCUUGUGUUCCUCCCAUACCCUACAUCCUACCUCUCCCUAGAUGCAACUACUGUCCU